UCAUAUCUUAAUCACAUCACACAUGAAAAUAACAUGUUCUCUGUCUUUAGUUCUUUAGAGGAAUAAUAACAGGUGCAGAAAAGGGAUGGACGCUUUUGGAUGUUUAAAACGAGCUGGUCUUUUGAGUAUAUUGCCAUUUUCACCAUUACAGUAAGAUGGACAUUUGGUCUCCUAAACUGCACCUUGCUACGUGGACUGUGAUGAGCUUCCUCUGUGUGUUUUCUCAUGAGGUGACGGUGAGGGACUCUGACCUGAAGCUGUGUGAGAAGGACGAGCGAUUGUGUGUCACUGACCUCAGAGACUGUGCCCCUCGACCUCCUGCAUCUAUACAGAAGACGCUGAACAUGUCCUGUUGCUACCAGAUAUCACACAGAUCCAUGACAUGUGAGUGGAGUCAGGAGUCAAACAGCUUCACUGAGUCUGACGUCUCUCUCAUCUUCAGCAGCGGAGAUACAAUCAUAUCCUGUCAGGGAAUCUUCAACCCUGCAGCUGUCCUCAACAUAACAGCUAGGAUCAAAAACUACAUGAUGGGGAGGGAGAUCUGGUCCCAGCCUCAUACUGUAUUUCUUUAUGAUGCAGUCAAACCCUCUCAGCCUGUAUUAACUGUCCUUGGCUCCACUGAGGACUCUAUUGUUGUGUCUUGGAGAAGCAACGUUGGUGACGGCAGUUGUCGGCUUCGCUACAGAGACAACAACACUCACACAUGGACCCAGGCUCCAGAUUACGUCCCUGCACAUCAAGAUCAGACACUGACCUACACGAUCACAGACCUCCUGACGUUUACCGUCUACAGAGCUGCUGUGGCCUGCAGAGAGGACUUCGGCAUCUGGAGCGACUGGAGUUCUGACGUCAGCACGAGGACGCUGGAUAGGGUGCCCUCCAGGCCUCCAGAGGUGUGUUACAGAGUGGAGACAACAGACUCUGGUGGAUCUUUUCUCCUUCAUCUCAUGUGGAAGGACCUUGACCUCCGUGAUGCCAGAGGUCGUAUCCUUGGAUACCAGGUGAGCUACAAGCCAGUGAAGAAGCAGCAGCUCCAGGACAGAAUAAUUCAAAAUGUCACAGAUGUGACGGCGCUCCUGGUGGUGGAAGAGGGGAACUGCAGUGUCACAGUUACUGCCUUCAAUACGGCCGGCUGUGGACCUGCUGCACAUCUCCGCAUUGACACACAAACACAGAACACUCUCUCGUCAGUCAGAAGCUUAUGGGUGUCCAGUUCUUUCCCGGCUAUGAAGGGCCUACUGGUCCAAUGGGAGAGCCCCACAGCCUCGCCCUCUGUCCCGCCUGUCAGUCAUUUUGCUGUUCAGUGGCGCUCCGAGACUCGUCCAUCCACCAGCCGCUGGACCACAGUGGGCUACAACACCACCUCCACUGUCAUACGAGAUGUUGACCCUGAUGAGUCCUACCUGAUCAGUGUGUUCCCCAUCUACCCCCAUCAGCAGUGUGGAUCUCCUCAGUUGCUGCCUGCCAGUCUGCAGCAAGGAGCACUGAUGGAGCCGGUCCAACUGAAGGUGGGGGUCGUGACCAAAACCACAGUGACAGUGGUGUGGGUGUGGCAAAGGAAGGCUGGACCAAUCAGAGUGAACAGAUACAGAGUCAUGCUGACAAAAGAAUUGGAGAGCAAAACACUGUCUUUGUGGCCGGACCAAUGGCAGCUCACCUUCAACAACCUGAAACCCAACACUGAGUAUUCUCUUCUCCUAUUGGCUGAUGAUGUUUCCAGAAACAUCAUCCCUGUGAGGACAGACUUUGAUGAGAUGCCAGCGGUGGCUACAGCGACUCCUCUGCUGCUGCUGGCUGUCACUGUGCUCAUCAUCUCCAUCCUGUCCAGGACUGUGUACAAGUCGUACUUCUUCCCGCCCAUCUCCAGCCCCCGGGCCAGUACGACAGGCCAGUGGCUGAUGGACCCAAACCACCAGAAAACUGCAGUGAUAAACCUCCUGGAUAUUGAGGACUUCCAGGUGACAGACGUACUCGGAGAGAAGAGUCUCAUCACGGUCUGUCCGAAUGUCCAGCCCUCCUCAGAAGAGGACCUACAUGAAGACACCUCUCUGCUGUUGAUCAGCCGCCUCAUCAUCAAACCGUCAGCCCUAGAACUGGACCCAGAGUAUAUUUCUGAUGCUCCAGUGAUCACAGAGCACCCACUGGUUUCUCUCCAGUCCUACCAUGCUGACUACACAGUGAGCUGCCGACAUCCUGACACAGUUUUCCCAUCUGAGGAGAGCAGUGAGGCCGACGCUGCUAUGCUGCAUCAGACACGUGAAGCCAACAGCUGCUUUCCUCAGAAAGAGGAAGAGAGUGACUUUUCUGAGAGGUUACAUCAGAAGGAGAAGGAAACUGCACUGAAAUGUCAUUUUCCUGAAUUCAUGGAAAACAGUCACUGUGCUUAUCAGAUAACCUGUGAAGCAGAGUAUGUUUCUUCUUUUCUGGGGAAAACAGAUGUGUAAACAGUGAGUGGACACUGGUUUUAUCUGAUCUGUGAGACUGAUUAUGGACAGAGUACUUCAGUGCAACAUGCCGGGUUAAACACAGGUGGAAAAGUGAGAGUAAAUGGUUACAGACAUGCUGGUGAUUCCUGGCUGUAAUCUCUAUUACACAGCAGACAACCUACUGUAUUCUUAACCACUGGAGGGGCAAAGCACAUUGCUUUGGCUGGUGGGUGGCACCUGAAUUAAAAGAGUGUAUUCUCUUA